UAUGCACGAACAAACUAACCUUCCAAAUAAGUAAGUGCAAUGCUAUGAGAGUGCGUACAUUGGGCGCGAGUUGAUUGUCACACCGAUCAUAUCACGGAGCGAGCGGUACGAACGAAUAACUAGGUACUUACGCACAAGUCAAUUUCGUACUAAAACGUAUCCAAAGCUCGUAAACAAUGACUCGUUAGAGUGUAGAUUCGACGUCUAGGUCAUAGACGAAGGGUAGCUUGUCUGUCGGCCCUUUCCUAUUAAAAACGUGCGCAGGAACUUCACGAGUUACUUCCACCCACUCCAUUCCAUGUACGGACAACUAGACGUUGGCGGGUUUUUCAUCCGUUUGUUGUGGAUAUAUCCGCACUAAAUAUUUUGCCUCUUCCUUUUUCAUGCGAACAGCAAAGAACUGAAACUGUCUGCCAUCUUCUGUUUUUCAAACUCGAUAUAAUCUGGGAGUCUUCAAGGCUAGAGUGAGUAAGUAUUUGCUAGGUAAGCGUGAUCCACCUUAGACCACUCCACUAGAUCGUCACUUACCAUCAAGUGAGAUUGUCGUCAAAGGCGAUAUAUUAUAAAAAUAAAUAGGAAUUUAUUUAUAGUUGUAUUUACUAGAUGAGUUCCGCCGAAAAAUCGCCUAAAAAGUAAAAGUAAUAAAAUACCGUUGCUGUUAUCUCUCUCUUUUUUGCGACGUUUUAUAUAAAUGAUGGGUAAAUAAUUAUAAAUCGUUAGUAUGAAAACGCCCUCACAAUAGUUUUGUUGAUUUUCUCGUUAAUUACUCGUUUUUUUUUAUUUAGAUUAAGUAAAUUUUUGUGAGUUAAGUACAUUGAAGGUACGUUUAAGGUUAUCUAUUACAUUCGUUGUCAACAUACACAAACACAAAUGGCGGCAUUUUGACCGUCAGGACCACGGCGCACUUUAUCAUCAUAAUUUCUCCUGUACAUUGCUUUUGUAUGUAACAUUUGCAACAGUACACCCGCCAUUCUGACCCAAACGAUGACGAGGAUAUGUCAUGGUGACGCACACAAACACCACGAUAGGGCUUUGUAGCCAUUUACGGAACAGAGAUCUUUUAAAUACUUUGGUGUCUAAAUUUGGUUAGACCCAUGUAAUAAAAAAAUUGUGAGUAAAUAAGUAAAUAGGCAACAUUUUAUUAUAUUCACGAAGGUGUCGUAACUUUUCCUAUGAAUUCAUAAAUAUUUGUAUCACAAGUGACUUACUUAUAAGUAUAGGUACUGUAAUGUAACCACUUGCUUGCAGUUCGCUCUAGUAUCCUAAUUCCCUAUAAUGUAUGUACUGUACAGUCAUGAGCAAUAUAAUGUACCCACUUUAGGACUCUGUCGCACUAACAUUUAGUGAGACUUACAGUUCAAUUUGUCAAAAAAGUUAAUGUGACAUGGUACCAAAGUGUAUACAUAUUAAUGCUCGUGACCGUACUUACUUACUUAUGUAUUUAUAUCCCGAACCACGCUAAUAUCUACUUAUUACCUUUUUACACCAAGAACAUGUUCCGAGAAUAAUUUUAUCAGUGAUAAUAAACGUCCACAAUCGAUAAGCUAUAAGUACUCCAUAACGGCAUCGACUAUGUACGUAUUCUAUUAUCGCUAUAAUUUUCAGUGCAUUGCUAUAGGUUGAAUUGUGUCCGAUAUUUUUAUGAAAAAUUAAUUAUUUUUCGUAAUACAAAAUUUCAAUUAGUUUUGGUAGUAUUUCUAAUAUUUUUACGCAAAAAACAAAUAUAUAUCAGAAACACGUUUCGGAAAUUUGUAUAUGGCAAUAAACAAACUUGGUGUUUUACGUGAGAUUCCAUUACUUUUAUAAAUAAUGAGUACCGAACGGUUGUUGGAUGAGGAUAUUUGGUCAGACGAUUCGGAGGAGGAGGAGGACAAUAGAUGGCGCGACUCAAGGUUACGGAUUGUGAAAAGGGAAACCGAAGUUGAUGCUAACCAGACUUUACUUCCAAAUGGCAUGGUUAAUAUUUCCUCCGUGAAUGUCACCAAUUCCAGCAACGUACGCUUUGGUCCCACCAUUGUGAAUGUCACUCACAGUGAAAAUACGGAGACAGUUAGAGUUAAAAUUCUAUGCCUGGAUUUGGAAGCGAAGAGACGUCCUCGGAGACUUCGCUGCGGUGUCGCCAUGUGCGUCUGCUGGUCACUGGUAGCCACCGUCACCAUCGUUCUCAGCUUCAUGCAUCUCAUCAAUAACCACAAAUAUCGUCUCGACAUAGGAUUUCCACAUUCCCUAGUAUUUGUUUUCAAAAUCACCACGACAACAGAAAGAAUAUCAAUUUACUUCGUGUUGCUAUUAUUUACCUUCUGCAUCUCCAUUGGAAUUUACUACAACAUAGUCGUAGCCACAUCGUAUGAAAACUUGGACCCUUCUCCUCAUGAAUGGAAUAUAACGCGUAAGAUGUGGAUGGCGCGCGACGUGAACAAUAGCAAGCCUGUGAUGAUGGAGCCUCUACGACCGGUGGUCAUCCAGCACUCCGUUACGCACGAGUGCCACACCUUCAUCCAAUGUGCGGCAGCCAUGCUCGAAAUACAAAAAACCUUCAUCACGAACGAGCAUCAAGACACACCGUAUAAUUUCUUCAUCGGGAAUGACGGUCGCGUGUACGAAGGCAGAGGUUGGGGCCUGCAAGGAUCACACAGUGACCAGUUCGAUCCCUGUGCGGUCAGCAUUGGUUUUAUUGGUGACUACAGAGAAGAAAUAAAAGGAUACACUGCUGUGUCAGACAAACAGUUGGAUACCACACUAAAGCUACUCCAGUAUGGAGUAGACGUUGGUCAUCUUCACCCUGAUUACGUCGUAUUUGGAGCAAAGGACUACAAAAGCAGUGCCAGCCCUGGAUCGAAUCUAUACAACGCUAUUCAAAAGUGGGACCACUACGACCACAAACAUCAAUAUUCAAAUUUAAUAUGUGAACAAAUACAGUUCUUGAAAAAUAAAGAUGAGCUUCAAAACGGUACAUUGGAAUGGUAUGUAACUCGAAAUAUGUGGGGAGCUGAACCGUUUGGGGGCUUCGACUCUGCCUUGGAAUAUGAGCCUCUUCGAUUGGUCUUUAUACAGAAUACUGGCAUUGAUGGGUGCUGGGACUUUGACGCCUGCAGCUUAACGUUACGCACUUUACAAGCUUCUUACAAUCACGAAGGAGAAAACUUGCCGUACAACUUCAUAAUUGGCAAGGACGGGCGCGUGUACGAGUCGCGGGGGUGGCACACGGACGGCGGCCGCAGUGGCCCUUACGGCCUCUGCUCCAUCAGCAUCGGAUUUUUUGGAGAGUACAGUAACUCAGAAUAUGACGCCCACGUGAAAACCGCUCAAAUCAACAAAUUAGGACUUAUACUUGAAGAUGGUGUGCGCCAGGGUCACGUGGAUCCAACGUACGUGGUAGUGACAGCAAGAGACAUGCUUGCUGAGAAUAGCCCAGGAGUCAGCCUCUACAACGCCAUCCAAAAUCUACAACAUUACAGCUUGAAAUAUCAAAACAUGACGUGUGACAAGAUUUAUAGCUCUCAUGAAAAUACGUAACCCAUAAUAGAUUUUGCAAUGAUUAUCCAGUUUAGUUUAAUACCAUUCAUAUUAUUAACAUAAUUUGUGUCCGUCAAGCUAGCGGCCUCAAAAAAAAUGGGCACGAAAAAAUAAUUUGACCAUACCAAAAAAUAGUACUCUUAUUGAAAAAAAUAGUACCUGUUGUAAAAAAAAUAGUACCAUCACGGUUCUGGAUUUAUAGCCAUGUUUUAUGGCACUUGCUAGCUUGACGGUGAGCGAAAUUUGGCGAGAGUUAACGACAAGGUCUUUCGCUUUGAUUUAAACGCCAAAAAAUAGUACCGAAAUAGUACUCACCCCUUGCAAAAUACCGAAAUUAGCAAAGGCAGUUCUUUGAUCCCGCUGGCUUGACGUUUUGAAAAUACCUAUUAUCUGGGGAACGCUUGCAUACUUCAGUAUGUAACUAAUGUCAAUAAACUCGUAUUAAAUAGUACUCCCUACCAUCAUAAUUUUGAUCCGAUUCUCUUUGUAGAAAUAUGUUAAAAAAUCAUCAUAACCUAUGCCAUACAUUUGUUGUUGAUACAGUCACGUAGACAAUUACAUAACCUCACAAUUUAUUCGUAAGUAUUGCCAUCGCCAGUAUUGCCAUUUUGGAGGUCUACCCUACCAUUUCUUUGCACUUCAGAGUGUUGCUAUUACAAAAAAUUGCUAUUGCAUACACCCAUAUGCACUAAUUUAAAUAGAAAAUGGCUGCAUGCGUCUAGUUCUUAUUGAAAACAAUCUGUGAUUUUAAUACAUCAUAAUACAUUUUUAAUCUGCUGUUUUAUUUUAUAAUUUAUACCUUCAUGUUUAAUUUGUUACGGAUCGAAGUGUUUGUUAAUAAACAAUUUGCAGUAUUUGUAGAAUAACUCAAAGAGUUUCAACAAUGAUAUUACUUUCAUCUGACAACCCUGGCACUUCACCAAUUUUUACCCAAAAAUGGGGAAAAAAUACUAAAAUCUGACAAC